UGGUGGCGUCUCCUUCUUUGGAGGUCUUUAAGCAGAGGCUUGACAGGCAUAUGUCAAGAAUGCUUUGAUGGUGUUUCCUGCUUGGCAGGGGGUUGGACUGGAUGGCCCUUGGGGUCUCUUCGAACUCUAUGAUUCUAUAUACCACCCUUCACCACAAUAUAUCAGCGUGAGCCUUUCUGCACACCAACCACCAGCCGCUCGUCCAAGCCAGACCUGGUGCUUCUCAGGUCAAGCCAUUGCCUGGACAGAGGGAUUGCCUUGGCAAGCUUGCUGCCUCUUCCCCAGCACACGACAGGUCAUGACUCGGGAGCCCAGCCGGCUGCAGGCCAAACAGGGAAAGUAAAUAUUAGCACUCAGUGACUACUGGGAUGGUCCACGUGGAAGGAGGAAGGUCAGGAGAGGGGCACUCGGGUGCUCCUUGGACUUGGCUGUGGUUGUGCCUCUCCCUCCCUGGCCGCUUUCCUGGGCACUAGAAGGGAAGGAGCUGCCUGCUGCCAGCCUGGGCCUGCACCACAUGCUGAGAGUCCAGGAGUCUGGAGAGGCAGCUGGCAGAGCCAUGGAUCUAGAAUGCAGGGGAUAUAGAAUCAUAGACCUGUAGAGGGUCAUCGAGAGGGCUGUCCCAUGGAGGAUGGAGCAAGCUUGCUUUCCUCCUGCUCCGGGGGGUAGGACUCGAACCCAUGGCUUCAAGUUACUAGGAAGGAGAUUCCGAUUAAACACCAGGAAGAACUUUCCGACAGCAAGAGCUGUUCGCCAGUGGAACAGACUCCCACAAGAGGGGGGGGACUCUCCUUCCUCGGAGGGAUUUAAGCAGAGGCUGGAUGGCCAUCUGUCCGGGAUGCUUUAGUUGAGAUUCCUGCAGUGCAGGGGGCUGGACUGGAUGACCUUCAGGGUUCCCUUCUUGCGACUGGGGAUUGGUGAUGCUUGUUGUUGGAUGUGACCCGUUGUUGGAUAGGCCCUUUCCUACGCAGCUUGCACUGGCUGGACUUCUUGGCGUGGGUCAGAGUGAGCCCCAUGUCCUGAAAGGCCCCUUCGUUGUGGCUCACCAUGACCUGGCUGAGAAUGUUAGAGGGGUGGGGAGGGCAGAGGCACUGGCAAGGGAGAUGCCCUCCCUUCCUCCCUCCUUGCCAGCUGGGGACUGGGCUCCAUCUCUGGCGCAGGCCAAAGGAAGCCAAGUGCUGCAACGUGGGAUCGGGACCGGGUCCCUGGACCGGGAAGAAGCCCCUUCUCCCUUAACCCAGGGGCAGGGUGAGCUGCGAGCAUGGCCGACUACCUGAUCAGCGGCGGCACCGGCUACAUCCCCGAGGACGGCUUGACGGCGCAGCAGCUCUUCGCCAUCGCCGACGGGCUCACCUACAAUGACUUCCUGAUCCUCCCAGGCUUCAUCGACUUCACAGCGGAUGAGGUGGACCUGACGUCGGCCUUGACUCGCAAGAUCACCCUCAAGACGCCUCUCAUCUCCUCCCCGAUGGACACGGUGACCGAGUCGGACAUGGCCAUUGCGAUGGCGCUCAUGGGCGGCAUUGGGAUCAUUCACCACAACUGCACCCCCGAAUUCCAGGCCAACGAGGUCCGGAAAGUCAAGAAAUUUGAGCAGGGCUUCAUCACGGACCCGGUGGUGCUGAGCCCGACACACACGGUGGGCGACGUCUUCGAGGCCAAGAUCCGGCACGGCUUCUCGGGCAUCCCGGUCACGGAGACGGGCAAGAUGGGCAGCAAGCUGGUGGGCAUCGUCACUUCCCGGGACAUCGACUUCCUUUCCGAGAAGGAUUACGGCAUCGCGCUCAGCGAGGUCAUGACGAAGCGCAACGACUUGGUGGUGGCCCCUGCCGGAGUCACGCUGAAAGAGGCCAACGAGAUCCUUCAGAGGAGCAAAAAAGGGAAGCUGCCCAUCGUGAACGACGUGGACGAGCUGGUGGCCAUCAUCGCCCGCACGGACCUGAAGAAGAACCGCGACUACCCUCUGGCCUCCAAGGACUCCCGGAAGCAGCUGCUGUGCGGGGCGGCCAUUGGCACCCGGGAAGACGACAAGUACCGGCUGGACCUGCUCAUGCAGGCGGGCGUCGAUGUGGUCGUGCUGGAUUCAUCUCAGGGAAACUCCGUCUAUCAAAUCGGCAUGAUCCACUACAUCAAACACAAAUACCCGGACCUCCAGGUCAUUGGGGGCAAUGGAUGCACAGUGGUGACAGCAGCGCAGGCCAAGAACCUCAUCGACGCCGGGGUGGACGCUCUGCGGGUCGGCAUGGGCUGCGGGUCCAUCUGCAUCACACAGGAAGUGAUGGCGUGCGGCCGGCCCCAGGGCACAGCGGUCUAUAAAGUAGCAGAGUACGCCCGCAGGUUCGGCGUACCGGUCAUUGCCGAUGGCGGGAUCCAAACCGUGGGCCACGUGGUCAAGGCGCUUUCUUUGGGAGCCUCGACAGUGAUGAUGGGCUCCUUGCUGGCUGCCACCACCGAGGCCCCCGGCGAAUACUUCUUUUCGGACGGGGUCCGGCUGAAGAAGUACCGGGGGAUGGGCUCCCUCGACGCCAUGGAGAAGAGCAGCAGUAGCCAGAAGCGCUACUUCAGCGAGGGGGACAAGGUGAAGGUGGCGCAAGGCGUCUCUGGCUCCAUCCAGGACAAGGGCUCCAUCCAGAAGUUCGUGCCCUACCUGAUCGCUGGCAUCCAGCACGGCUGCCAAGACAUUGGCGCCAAGAGCCUCUCCAUCCUGCGGUCCAUGAUGUACUCCGGUGAAUUGAAGUUUGAGAAGCGGACUAUGUCGGCCCAGAUCGAGGGGGGCAUCCACGGCCUGCACUCUUACGAGAAACGGCUGUACUGAGGACGGAUUCCGGAGCAGCGGCGCCCAGCGAGCGGCCCCCACCGUCCCAGCCCCCGUCGCCCGAUGCCGGCGCACCUGAAGGGACGGGCUCACCUGGCCGCCCCCCCGACCUCUCAGGCUGCGCUGACGGGCAAAGACUUGCACUACAAACAACCUGGCUGCAGCCAGAGCUGUGUGCCACCCUCCUCUCUCUGUCUCGCUCUGUCCAUCUCUCUCUUUCUGCCCCAGCACUGGAGGGGGGGGGCGACUGACUCUCCCCACCAUAGGGCAGGACAGAUCUCUGCUGGAAGUCUCCGGGGGGGGGGAGGACGGCGUGACACCCCCUCCAUGCUUGUCCUUAAGGGCCUGCUCCCCCCCCCGCUGCGGCACAGUUGAGGGGAGGAGGGGGCUAGUGGCCAGGCCCUCUGCUGUGGGAGCCAGGAUCCUGGGACCAGGCGCCCCCCUACACCCCACCCCAAAUCGGGCCCCCCAAAUUCCCAGGAGCUGUUGGGGCCGAGGGGCUGCCCCCCUCGCUCCACCCCCACCCCAGCCAGGCUUGCUGGGGUGCCCACUUUCCCUUCUGAUGUUAAUUUGGGGGGGGGGACAGAAGGGGGAGAGCCAGGGAAAAAACGUCCCCAGGGGACUCUGCAGCCCAUCUCAUCUCAGGACCCUCAGGUGGUUUGUGCAGUUGGGGGCAGCUGCACUCGGGGGGGGGGGAAUGGGACACUGAGGCAGUUGGGGUGGGGUCACAGCCUCUCCCUUAAAGCCUGUCUCGAUGGCUGGCGGGGGCCGCACCCUGCCCCUCUGGCCAGAGGCAUGUUUGGAUCUCGUUCCUGCCAAGCAACAGGGGGGGUGGCAAACCCUCGCCCCCCCUCCUCUUGGCCUCUGGGGGUGGGGUGGGGCCCGGCUGGGUCUUGGGGGCUCCUUCAGAGUUGCACCCCCCUCCUCCCUCCCCCCUCGCCUAAAGGCUGUAACUCUUGCGCAUGCUGACGGUCUCCUCUUGUGUCACUGUGUAUUAUUAAAGAAUGAUAAAGCUA